CCCACCUGAUCCAAAUUUCGCCACGGGGACGUCCGACCGCGGGACGUCCGGAUGCGGCGAUGGACAUCGAGGAGGGCAAGCUGAAGCUCCGAACGCUGCCCUGGGCGGAGGCGCGGUUGUCCCAUGCCGCCGCCGUCGCGGCGGCCAAUUGGGACCGACCCCAGGUCUACGUCAAGGAGAUCAAGGGGAUUUGGACCCAAGAUAUCUUGGACGCGCACCGCGAGCGCCAGCUCGAGAGCAAGGUGCUGCAGGCCUUUCGCAAGGAGGCGCUGGCGGUGCCGGAGCCCAAGUUGGAGGCGGAGGCGCCCCGCCCGGGCCCGCCCCGAAGCCAGGGGCUUCGGUGGCUUCAGGCCUCCCUCCCGCCAGGUCACAGGACGCAGUCAGGGCCGAUGCAGAACAACUUCAUGCGGUCCAGCUUUGUGGGUUCCGGAAACUACGGCUGGGCUGUACAACGUCUCUCGCGUGCAGCGGCGCUAGCAGCGGUGCAUUGGAAGAAUCCCAAGGCUUACCGCGCCGAGCUCUGUGGCCGCAAAGACCCCGAGGACGAGCGAGAGGAGGAGAUUCAGAUCCGGGUUCUCGGAAAGAUGGGAGGCGAAUCCUUGAGCGUGUCUUUGCGCGAGUCUGCCAGCCGGCGAGAUGCUAGCCACCGCUUCGAAGAUGGCUGGAGGCCGCAAGACCAAGGAGACAUCAUGUUGACGGAGCUUGAGCCCCUCCGUGAGGAGACUUUGCCAGCUGACGCUUAGCCCUAUUGGCAGCCGGCAGAAGCGCAUGGACCAACUUCUCAACCUGGGUCUCGGUUGAGGGCAGCCUGGUUUUGGG